UUACCAUUUCAAUUUUUAAUACGACAAUAGUACCCACUUGAAGCAUAAAUAAAGAAGCAUGGCAGCCUCCAUUCUGAAGAGCUUGGCAAAUUACCGGGUAAGCUCAGUUCUCAACAGAGAUGUGAAGCAGUUUGGGAAGAAGUUUCUAUUAGAUGGAGAUGACGAAACAUGUUGGAAUUCAGAUCAAGGUUCUCCCCAAUGGGUUUUACUUGAAUUUUCAAAGCAGGUGGUAAUAGAGGAACUCCAUAUACAGUUCCAAGGAGGAUUUGCAGGGAAAGAAUGUCAUGUCGAAGUUGCCAGCAUUAAAAGUGAUGAGUUUACAGAACUAACAAAGAUUUUUCCAGAGGAUUCCAAUAAGCUUCAGGUAUUUACAUUGACCCCUGCUCCUCCAGUCAGCAAGCUUCGCAUUGUAUUUACAAGCAGCACGGAUUUUUAUGGCAGGAUAACAAUAUACAAACUAGAUGUUAUUGGAAGGACAGGGUCACAUGAUUAAAAUGUGUUAAUAUCCCUUGAUUGGCUUGAUUAUGCCUUGCAUGUCAUUGUGAAGAAUGGGAAAGUGAAAAAAUGGGAAGUAUGCAUUCUGUAUCCUAGAGUAAUCAAUUGCUUGUGCACUGCUUGAGGGACAGACAAAAACUUUAUAGAUAAACUUUCCCAAUUGCUGAAAUGUGUAUGUAUAUUUGGGCUUGUCUAUGUAAUGAUUAAGGUUGAAUCAAUGGCCAUAGUUUUUGUUUUUAAAAUGGCAAAGCAGUGGAUUGAUGAUGAUGAUGAUGAUAUGAUAAUGGGAAACUGCCUAACCAGCAGGUCAUGGUCAGUUGAAAUGCCAGAAGACCUUAAUCUUUUUUGAUAUCGCAAGUCCUCUGGACUGUCAAGGUUUAUGUGAAAAUACAAUACAUAAUAAUAAAUCACUUGAUAAUAAAUCACAAUCACAUCUCCUCCAGACCUUCAGUAUCUCCAAAGUUUUCACCAUGUAUGGUAGGUGGAAAAGCAUUUUUGCACAAUCUGACAACCUAAGGAAGACUUUUAUUAAGACAGUACAAUAAAUAAAUAAAUA